UUAGAUUUGUUUAUUUUUUCGGAACACAAAUAAAACUUUAAGGAUAUAAACUUACAAGACAUAACCCCCUCUAUAAGUUUGUCCUUAAUCUGCAAAAAAUGCUCCUAGAAUCGGGGAAGGCAUGUGUGCUUCUAAGAGCCCGUAUACCUUUGGGUCUAUAUAACCUAAAGAAGAUGUCAGUUGUUCAAGUCUUCAAAGGAAGAUACUGGAUGAGAAAUUCCGUAGCAGCGACUACAAAUACCAUCCCUAUCAAGAGAUCACAGGGCUCUAUGUUUACAUCUCAGAACAUGGAUUGGAUGACCCAAGGAGGAUCACUUAUAAGAAGCUAUAGUACCGAAUCCGCUUCCACACAGACCACUGCUACUGUCAAACUGAGCAAAAGGGAGCAACUGAAGCAGGCUUUCAAGGAAUAUGGAGCCACCAUUGUGGUCUUUCACGUGGUCAUAUCCGUGAUUUCCCUUGGAGGUUUCUAUCUACUUGUAUCCAGUGGAAUCAACCUGAUGCCCAUACUGGAGUUCCUUGGAAUAGGAUCAUCGGCAAUUGCCGAUAAAAUAGCGACAGGAAGCACCUUUGUCGUGGCCUUUGCCGUUCACAAAAUAUUUGCUCCAGCCAGGAUUAGCAUCACAUUGGGUACAACACCAUUUAUUGUGCGCUAUUUACGAUCCAAAGGACUCCUAAAGCCAAAAACUGGAAGUACAUAGAGGCCUUAUAAACUUAUAGUUUAUUAUUUUGUUAUCGGAAUAACACUUUGUAAAUU